GCCAGUGAAUCCGUCAAGGAUCCUAUUGUACGUUACGUAACUAGAUAUCCCGACCUUGAUCCAAAGAAGUUAAGGACCAAGAAAAAUUUAAAUUGCAAUUGCAAAUUGAAAUGCUCUUUAAUCUUUCUCUUUGUUAUACCUAUUUGUAUUAUAUCUAUUGCAUUGGUAUGGUGGUUUAUUGCGCGAUAGUGUUUUAUAACAGUCCUAAUAACUGCAGGCUUUCGACUGUACACUAGAUAGUGGAAAUUGGUAUAUGCUUCUUCAGAUGGUCUUUUAAACAAUAUAUAAAAUACCAAGACUUUAAAGGAGCAGAAUGCAGCGUGCGAUGUUUCAGUGCCUUCUAGGCAUCGCAUGCAAUGAUUUUGUGAUGAUAGCAGCGGACCAGACGAACACGCAGGGCAUUUUUAUUUUGAAAAAUGAUGAAGACAAAAUAAUACCUUUAGCAGACAAACUCCUGAUGGGUGUGGCAGGGGAUGCAGGCGACACAGCUCAGUUCUCGCAUUACAUUUUGCGAAACUUAUCUCUGUAUAAGAUGCGGAAUGGCUACAAGUUGGGCACGAAUGCAGCUGUUCAUUUUGUGAGGAAGAAUAUGGCCGAUUCUCUUAGAACUUCUCCCUACUUAAUAAAUCUCCUGGUCGGAGGCUAUGACGAGAUUGAUGGAGCAAAGCUGUAUUACGUAGACCUCUUGGCAACCAACAUUUGCAUGCCGUACGUUGCGCACGGUUUUGGUGGACUGUUUUCUAUUAGCAUGUUGGACUAUUAUUAUAAACCUACAUUAACUGAGUCGGAAGCUUACAAUGUUUUGGCGCAGUGUGUCUACGAGAUCCAUACCAGGUUAUUCAUGAAUCUGCCCAGCUUUCAGGUAAAAGUGGUUAAUAAGAAAGGUGUCACCACGCUGCCAGUCAUCUGCCCAGCUACAUUCUAUACUAAAGAAGUGCCCACUAAUUCAGACACAACAUAAGAUUCAAUAAAGUUCUGAUAAACUCUG